AUGCAAGAGGAGACCGCAGACGACACAUCGGACCUCGGUGUCGCAUCGUCUUCGGACGAAGAAGGACGGCAGAGCGAUGAAGAUAACGUGGAACAACUAGACACAAGGAAGCAUACCAGAGCCCUUAUGAAAGAGGAAAUGGAUGCCACAUUAGGAGAAGCUGAUGAGGAAAAAGAUGAGACACCAAUGGAGGUAAAGAAGAGGUCGAAUGUGAAAAAGAAAAAGAAACGUAGAAGGCCAACUUUCGGGGUGGUGGAUAACCCUGACAAAGCUUUUCUGGACCUCUCUGCUUCCGGUCAUCUUGGUUAUAUCCCCAGGUCCUUCCAAGAUAUAGACGGCGAGACCUUACGUUUUACUUGGGGUUUACCCGUCGCGUUGUGGGGAAGGAUUGAUAUUACGGGAAUUGCUAAAGAAGCCGCACGCGGUUUGAAGCUUCACGCAGUCCCUCAGAUAUCACGGUGCUUUGUGGAAUCAGAUGCGAACGGGGUCACCGUUGUAACGGAGGGAUCAAACAUUUGCGCGAUCAUAGAGAAAGGACAGGGACUCAUAGAUUUCAACCGGCUAUUGACAAAUGACAUGCAUGGUAUUCUCGAAAGGUAUGGUGUGGAAGCUCUCCGUCAGUCACUAAUACAGGAGCUACGCGCUGUCUUCAAAGCAAAUGGAAUCCCUGUCGACAUUCGCCAUCUCUCCCUGAUAGCAGAUUACAUGACGAACGAAGGGUCAUAUCGUGGGUUUAACAGGCAAUCAAUGAACAGCACGCCAAGCCCUUUCCAGAAAAUGACUUUUGAGACGAGCAUUAAGUUUCUAACGGAGAGUGCCCUCAACGGGACGUACGAUGACAUGAAGAGUCCGAGUGCGGCAGUUGCGAUGGGUCAAGUCUAUGAGGGCGGUACGGGAAGUUUCGAAUUGAUGGAGCGGUUACGAUAAUCUACGGAGUAAAAAUUCCUUGAAUGGUGUCUACUCUUGCAAA